CAACAUACAGAGCAGGAAACCAAGCGAUUUCUACAGCCAUGGCGAUGGAAGCAUACGCUUCGAAAUACCCAGAUAAAAUCCAUACGGACGUCCUCUUUGACGCUAGAGAAGCUUGCUACAAGGCUCGCGAUGCGUUCUACGCAUGCCUAGAGAAAGAGUCCAACAAGAAACCCACUGAAAUUGCCUCCGUAGGUCUGCUCUACCCCCGUGAAUGCAAGAAAACUAGAGAAGCUUAUGACAAAGGCUGUCGCCGCACUUGGGUGAAGCAUUUUGAUAGGCAGUAUUGUGCAAAGAAGAGGGUUCAGAGGCUUUUGGAUGAUAAUGAAUCAAGGAGAGGCCCAAUAUCGCUUCCUCAGGCUUCUACCUUCAAUUCCACUGAUUGAUGUUUUGUUAUCAUCACGGAAAAUAAAGUUGGAAUUUCAUCGUAGUCUGGCACGAAGUCAAAAUGAGUCGUGUCAUCAAUCUCAACCAAACACACUCUCUAGUCUCUACUAGCUUCAUGUGGUGCAAUAACUUCAACAUAUGUGAGGAUGUGGCAACAAGUCAAGAAGCACAUAUUCGGUUUGAGAUGGUAGUUUUAUGAGGAUCAAACACAUAACAUGCAUAUGCAAUCAAACUUUGUUUUGAAUUGUUAGAAUACAAUAGACCUCAUUGAAUGUAUUGAAAUAUAUGCUUGAUUCGGUUUCAAACCCUUAUUGUGGGAGAUGAACUUAAGGGGUUGUUUGGUUCAUGCUGAAGAAUGUAAAUGAGAAUGAAUUUUCAU